AUGAUCCAAGGACGCUUGAAUGAUGCGGCCAUUGCCCUCCACAGAGUCCUGAGCCAACGGUGUGUCAACUUCGGCAUCUUCGGUGGCUACGCUAUCGGCGCCGUCGGGGGCGUUCGUGAAAGCAAGGACAUCGACUGCUUGGCCUAUGUGUCGAAGGAACAAGUGGUCGAACUUCUGAACGGCAAGCACGGCUUCCAAGUCAUUCCGCAGACCCGUCAGGACUAUGUCGCCUUCCUAUGGUCUGACAAGAGCGAUCGAAAGAACGCAGUUCUGGUUGUGAGAUAUUCUGCGAGAAGGGCCCAAUACUCCAUGGGAAAUAUUCCUUGCAAGCUUGUCGAGAUCAACGGACAAUCUCAGGGUCCAGGAACCUCCGCCUUCCUGGACCCCUUCUACCUAUUCAAGGGCAAGCUACGUGCAGCUGCCACCAGAGCCAAGUUCCACGACUCAGCAGAUCUGAGGAUGCUGGCAGGAAAGUUCGAGUCGCUCAUCCAGCCGCGAGCCCAUGAACUCGAUCUUGAAUAUGUCUGCCUGGCCAUCAAGCGAUAUGUUGAGCUGGAGAGGCUGUUCGAGAAGAUUGGGAUUGACGUGAAGAAGGCAAAGGUUGCAGUGAGUAACCUAGACCCGCACAAGCUUCCCCCUCCAGCAGCAGUGGAUGUGCAGAGAGGGCUUCUCGGGUAG